AUGGGUAACGGUGCGAAGGCUCAGCAGAAGCGCGAGCGCAACCAGAAGGAUUCAAAGGUUGCCAAGUCGCAACUCAAGUCUAAUACCGCCGCUUGCAACAUCGUCUGUAAUGUUUGCAAACAGUCCUUCCUUCAGACCUCCAAAGCUCCUACUUUGACCAUCCAUGCCGAGAAUAAGCACAGCAAGACCUUGGCAGACUGUUUCCCUAACUUCCAGGCUUGA